AAAAAAAAAGCAAUUUGUUAUUGCAUGGAAGAUCAAAUGGCCCAUAGCGAUUCAACUCCAAUGAUUUUGCAAAAUGAAAAGAGCGAGAGAGUUUUCAGUGCCUUACAAUCCCAAGCAAACGAACGAACGCCACUCAUCCCACGCCACCGCGCGCACCUUUGGGCCUCAAACUGCCAACACAGUGUCCAAGCCCGCAGAAAAGAAAGGCAGCAGAGAUGCUGAGCAGAGCAGGGACAGCGGCUUCUCAUUCCCUCAUUGUUGCUUCUUCCAGAAAUGCCUCCAAAUCCUUCGCCAAUUUGAACCGCAACAUCCUCAGAUUCUUCGGUUUCAAGCAGCUUUCCCGCAGUCUAUACGGUUGUUCCUGUUCUGGGUCUCUGAGUUUUGGAUGGAAUAGUAGCAGUAAGAGGAAGUUCAACAGAUCAAGAAUGGAGGGCUUCGCUGUUCGUGCUUCAGCUCAGCCACUCAACAACGCCGAUGAACUCAUUGAUUCUGUUGAGACAUUUAUUUUCGACUGCGACGGGGUUAUAUGGAAAGGAGACAAACUCAUAGAUGGCGUUCCAGAAACGCUUGAUAUGCUUCGAUCGAAGGGGAAGCGAUUAGUUUUCGUUACCAACAAUUCGACGAAGUCGAGGAAGCAGUAUGGCAAAAAGUUUGAGACACUUGGUCUUAGUGUCACUGAGGAAGAAAUUUUUGCAUCAUCUUUUGCUGCCGCUGCAUACUUGAAGUCGAUCGAUUUCCCAAAAGAGAAGAAGGUUUAUGUGAUUGGUGAGGAUGGCAUCUUGAAAGAGCUUGAACUCGCUGGAUAUCGGUACCUCGGUGGACCGGAUGAUGGUGGGAAGAAGAUAGAGCUAAAGCCAGGCUUUCUGAUGGAGCAUGAUAAGGAUGUGGGAGCCGUAGUGGUCGGAUUUGAUCGAUACUUCAACUACUACAAAGUUCAGUAUGGAACACUCUGCAUACGGGAAAACCCGGGCUGCCUCUUCAUUGCAACGAACCGUGAUGCUGUCACGCAUCUAACAGAUGCACAGGAGUGGGCAGGUGGUGGUUCAAUGGUUGGUGCUCUUUGCGGAUCAACCCAACGUGAGCCAUUGGUUGUUGGGAAGCCCUCAACUUUCAUGAUGGACUACUUAGCAAACAAGUUUGGGAUUGAGAAGUCACAAAUAUGCAUGGUUGGAGAUAGAUUAGAUACUGAUAUUCUGUUUGGACAGAAUGGUGGUUGCAAGACUCUUCUUGUUUUAUCAGGUGUUACAAGCUUGUCAACACUUCAAAGUCCCAAGAACACAAUACAACCAGAUUUCUACACCAACAAGAUUUCAGAUUUCCUCUCCCUCAAAGCUGCCACUGUAUGAGUUCUUCAAAAAGACCCGACCCGAACGUCAAACGUUGAAAAGACCCGAGUUUAAACUUUGAGCUCUAUAGCCAAAUUGAAUGAAUUUGUUCUUUUUAUUUCGUGUAACUUCUUGAGAUAUACGUGUUGGAAGGUAGCUCAUUUUUAAGAAACGUCUUUUUUGUAUAAAGUUCUUUUUCACGUUCAUACA